AUGAGUGAGGAAAAUCACCACAAACUGUGGCGUGAAUUGAAAGAGCUGAAAAUGUCACAUUUGGAUGGUGAAGAAAACACUGACGCAAACAGUUUUACAUCAACCGAUGGUCUGAUGAGUCAUUCAGGCAGGAGAUCAGAUAUUGAGUGGAAGGACAGUGUGGAUGAGAGCAGAUUCAGAGAUGAGCUGUUGAAAAGACCUCAUAAGACGUCUUCACGUCUCAACCUGCUGCACACGGACGCUUUAACAUCACCGCCAUCGACAUUUAAUAACGAUGAGCCGCCCGUCUGCUCCUUCAGACAGCAGGGAAUGAGAGUCUGUUUAAUUCCCGCAGAUCCGAGCAGGUUACUGGGUGAAAUCGCCUUCCAGCUGGACCGUCGAAUCCUCUCGCAUGUUUUCCAGGAACAAUCCCGACUCUACGGAUUCACCGUGCAGAACAUCCUGGACAAAAUCCAGCAGGUGAUAAGAAAUUAUCUUUCCCACAAUAUUUAUGUGUGUGUUCAUCCUCUGAGCGGGACGGUGGAUGAAUUGUACAGGAUCAUGGACGGGCUUCAUGUGCUGGGCUACAGCACGAGUCUUCAUCCCGCCUUCAGCGAACUCGUCGUCAACGCCUUCGGCAUCCUGAAGGAGCCUCCAGACGCGCUGGAUCCGGCCUACAGCGAUCCGAUCGUCCUGCGCAGGGUGGUUGUGGACACGGCUCCGUCCCGACUGAUGAAGGAUCUGCUGCUGCUGCUCGACUGUCUGUGCUUCAUGGCACGACGGGACGGGCGUCCGCUGUUCCUCUGGUAG